AUGGAUAGUUUCAAGACAUCAUUUGCACGUACCAAACAAAAAUUAAUGACAAAGACAGGUCAUUCCGAUGAAACCAUAGAUGUUCAGUAUCACUAUGAGAAGGAGAAGAUUCUUGCGGUGGAGGAACGUCUCAUUAGAAUUCAAAAGAACGCAAAGAAGAUCAAUGAUCUCAUGAAAGAUCUCAAUAAGACGAUGACCGAUAUCUCAUCGGACACAUGCGAUCUCUACGAGGCAACCGAUAAGCUCUUUGUACCAGGUACACAGAUCAAAGAGGUAGCAUCCGGUUACGAGACUCACAGAAAGGCAUACGAAGAUCGUACAAGCGAAUCAUUCAACAAACCACUCGCCGAAUAUAUAGCACAAUACAAAGAAGUCAAGAAGCGUAUGGAAGAACUCACCACUCGUAAAGUAGAUAUGGAUCGUUACAAGAAUGAACUUGGAAAGUUAAGAGAGAAAGCAACAAGCAGUAACUCAAAGAAUAGAUUAGGUCCAACUGAAGAGAAGUUUAAGAUCUGUAAAGAAGGAUAUGAAUCACUACACGCUGAAUUGGUUAGAGAUUUACCAAUAUUAUAUGAGGAUAAGAAUCCAUACUUUAGAUUUUUAUUGGCUGCUUUGAUUAAAUCACAAGAAGAUCUAUAUAGAGCAAUGGCAUCGGAAUGGGCACACUUACCAGCGAUGGUUUCACAUAUUAAUGAUACAGCAGGUAAGGAUCAUCCAAAUGUGAUUACACCGGUGAAUCAUUCAUCGGCAUCGAUCAAUAUCAGAGAUGAUCCCGCUUUCAAAUCGAAUGCAUCCAUUAAAACCAAGACAACACCAGAAUAUACUACAACCAGUGGUCCGCUGGCAAAGGAUAUAAAGGAUGUGCGUAAGCCUGGUGAGCAACCACAGAUACAAACGGUGACAUCACCCAAUCCCGCCUAUCAAUAUGCGAGCGCCGGUCAAAAGAAGGCGACCGCAGUCUAUGAUUUCACAGCUUUAGAUUCCACCGAAUUGUCAUUCAAGGCGGGUGAUCAAAUUACUGUUUUCAGUUGUGAAGGUGAAUGGUGGGAAGGUGAAGUACAUGGAGUUCGUGGAUUGGUGCCGGCCAACUAUGUAACCUUAGACUAA